UGUUUUGGUUUGGUUAUUAUAUUGCAUAAAAAAGCGCGAAACACUAAUGUUAUAUAGGCUCAGUAAACGCAUAUUUGUAAUUAGUUAUUUAUACUCAAUUAAUAGUAUUUCUUAACAAUUGUCGAUUGUUUCAAUCAUUAUUAUUAUAUAUAAACAGUUUUUAAAAGUUAUAGAAUAAAAAAGUUUUCACAUAUAAUUGAAAAUAAUUUAGUUCUGAUGUGGUAUAAAUUUACAUCGAUUGAGUUCUUGUUUGCUAAUUAAUAUAGAUUUUUAUAAAAGGUAUUUAGAAAUGACUAUACAAGAAUUGAACAUAAGACAUAUAACAAAAUUAAUUUCUUCUCUCUUGGAACAAGUUACAUGUCUGGAAUGUUGCAGAUACUAUAUAGCUCCAGAAACUGCCAAAUGUGGACAUACAUUUUGUCACACAUGUUGGAGAAAACAAAGAACCUGCCCUAGUUGUGCAGCUCCAUUGGAAAAAAGAGCUUUAAGACUUAACAUACCAGUCCAGAAUAAAACUGACCAUAUACAUACCCUCAUUGAAACCUUUGAAAAAAAUUUCAAUAUUAAGUUAAAUGAAUUUCUACUUAAUGUACAAGAUAAUGAACUGCAUUCUGAACAUGAUCCCACAAAAAAUGUAAAGAAUUGGUUAGAGAAUUCUGAAAAUCACUUUUCAGCACCCUUGCCUAGUUCGGAAAAUUUGACUCAAGAUGUGAUAUUGGUGGAACAAUUAACAAGUAAAGUUCAAAUUCAUACAGAUACAAAAAGAACUGUUUCUCCUAAAAAAGUAAUUCAUAAACAACAACCACAAGAUGAUUGGGAAAAAAUUGAAAUGGUGUCUGUAACAAAUGAAAAUAUAAACAAAUUCAACAAGAAUAAUCCUUCAGAAGAAUAUACUCUCCAUGAUAAAAACAAUACAAUGGUUAACCCACGUAGAAGUUCUAGGAAAAGAGACUUUAAAAAUAAUGAGCCUGACUCAAGAAAUCAUGAUAUAUCAAGGGAUAAAAACAGUUCGAAAAAUUCAAGUGUUGAAACAGAAAUUAAAUCUAAUAAGAAUAAGAAAAAUUGGGGCAAUGUUAAAAAAAUGCGCAAAGAAUUCAGUAAGUUAAAUAAACAGAAUAGAAAUAAAUUAAAUGUAUCAAUAGAAAUGUGUAGAAAAGGUCAAGCAAGUAUAAAGAGAAAGCCAGAAACAACUACAAAUUCAGAUUCCAAAAAUUAUGAUCACAUAAUUGAAGACACUACUACUAAUUUAAUCAAUAAAGUGGAAACAGCUUCACUAGCACAUACCGUUUCAGGAAAAACUGUUAACACUCAUGACAGCAAUUUUGAAAAAAAUAUACAACCAGAAAAAAAGGAAUCACCUAUUGAUACAUCUAAUAUUAUAGAAACUGAAAAAAAGCAUCAUAACAAUUAUAAUAAAAUAAAACAAUCCUCUGAAAAGUCACAAGUUGAUGUAGCAGAGAGACAUCAAAAAAUGACUUUUGUAAAAAAAAGUUCUUUACAACCCAGACCAGUAGAAAAUAAUGUUCAAACAAGUAAUUAUGAUAUUCAUUGCAAUAGUAAUGAUAAUAUGGAUGAUAUUGAGAUUACAAUUAAAAUAGGCAAUUCAUUAACAAAUAUUUUUAUAAAGAAAAAGAAAAAUAAUUCUGAUUAUAGUUUACAUACCGAUAAAGAAGUUCAAACAACAUUAGGUCCCCACACUUUAUCUAAGAAUAUAUCAUGUAAUAAUAUGGAUUUUAAUGAUAUAGGAGAUAACAAAAAAAGCAAGGAUGCGUCUGUUGUAAGUGAAAAAAUGCAUUGUAACAUAGCGAGUAACAAUUCUAAUAUAGAUAAUAAUAUGAAAAAAUCUCUUUCUGUUAAAAGAAAUACUGCAUCAGCUGAUACGAAAACUGCCCCAGUCGAAAUUACUGAAAGUGUAGAAAAAGAAUUGUGUAACAUUAUGGAAUGUGAAGCAACUGAUUCAUGUCCUGAAAAACAAAAUUUGAACAAUAUGAAACCUGUGUAUUUUUCAACCAAUGUGAUAACAAAUACAAAGGAAGAUGAUGUAAAUGAAUUAGAUAUAUUUGAUAGCAAUUCUGUAAAAGAAGCCAAUGUGCAGUUAUUAAAAAAUACAAAACAUACAACUUCAGAAAUAUUGAUGCCUACAAUAAAAAGCAAUAAAAUGCAAAAAGGUACUGAUAAAAGAGGCAGAGAGAUAAAUGAUGAUUUACCUAGCAGCAAAAAAAUAAAAUUGACAGAUAAAAAUGAUGUUAAUACACAAGAGAAUAAUGAAAUUCAUAGUGAAGUCAUGAAUUAUGACAUAAUCAUGGGUCAAGUAUUCUCCAGUAUAGAUGCAGAUAUUAGGGACACUCAAAAAAGUAAAAACAUGAUCAAAAAUGAUCACCAUAAUAAAACUGGAACAACUAUAAUUUCUUUAUCCGAAGAUCAACAGAAAGAGCUUGAAACAUCUGGACAUAAGGUUACAUUGAAUAAUGAAAACAACAGUGAAAAUGUGUUUUCGUAUCUGGACAAAGAAAAUGAUUUUAAGCGACUAAAUGACCUUGAAAUUCAAGUUCCCAGCUCUACUCAACAACAUAUAGAGGACUUACUAACUCCGGGAUUGUGUCAAAAUUUAGCAUCCACACAUGAAGUUGAAAAUGAGGAAAAAGAAUUAUGUACACCUCUACUGGACAUUGAAAUUGAUGAUUCUGAUAAAAGUAUUGUAGAAGAAACACCUCAAAAGACGGUAUCCUUUACAAGGCCUAAGAAUAAAAAUGAGUCAAGAAAUGAUGAAGCAGAGAAGAUAGUUAAAAGUAAAAACAAACAUUCAUCUGAUUCUGAAGGACGGCUGAUUGAAAGUAUUAUUAAUAUCUCUGAUACAGUGCCAAAAUCUACAAAAGGCACUAAAGAUUUAACUGUUAUUGCAGCUCUUCCAAGGAAAAAUACAUUGGAAACACCAGUUACAAUUAAUAGAUUUGUUGAUCACAUAAAACACAAGUCUACUCCUAUAGCAAGAAAAUCACUUCAUUUUGAUACAGACAAUAUUGAUGAUAUAGACCAGACAUUAUGUCCAACAACUGAACCAAUAGUGAAAACUACCCAAGAAAAAGAAUUUUUGUGUAAGGCUUUUGAAGAAUCUCCUCAAUCGCCGAUAAGAAUGCCAUUGAUAUCAAGAAAUAUUAAAAAUAAUAAUAUGAAUAACUGCUUGGCUGGAUCAUGCCUGAACCCUGUGGAGCUUACUAAAGUGAAACUGUUGUGUCGUCAAUAUAAUUGGCAAUAUACAGAUAAAUAUACUAAAGAUUUGACUCAUUUGGUUGUUGGAGUUGAUGAUGAAAAUAGGUCACAAAGAUCAGUUAAAUACAUGUGCGCAUUGGCGGCAUCCAAAUGGAUUGUUUCAUUCGAAUGGGUUCAGAAUUGUUUAAAAAGUAAUCAAAUUGUAAAAGAGGAACAAUACGAAGCUCUGGACGGCACUGGGGAACCUGGGCCUAAGCGUUCCCGACUUGCGAAGAAGAAGUUAUUUGAAGGCAUUAUAUUUUAUUGCAUGCCGCCAUUUAGCAUACUGGAUGUUAACACGCUAAAGGAUAUAUUGGAAGCAGCAGGAGGACGAGUGGUGAACGAAGCAAAAGCUGUUAGAGUGACUGGCAAUACACCAGCUUUGCUAUUGGCCGAACCAGAGAACACACAGGAAAAUAAAUUUAUAUACUUAGCGAUGGAAUUGAAUAUUGUACCGGUGAAUCAUGAAUGGGCCUUGAACUCUCUGGGGAGUUACACUCUGAAUUCCAUACACGAACUAUUGUUGUGUCCGGCCGCGCUAUUACCCGCAGCGACCGCGUGUUGGCCAGCUGAUCUCGUGUCUCAAGAUUGUGAUUGAUAUAUAAAAAC